AUGAUUACUAUUACUAUGAACAGGCAAAUGCAAGAUGAGCCAACUCGUGGUAUAGAUUUAGUAUUGGACCACAAACUCAACGAAGAAAAUGCCGAAGUGACAGGCCAACCUAAAUUGGACUAUCUAUUCAAAGUCAAAUGGUCUGACAAGUCGCAUUUGCAUAACACUUGGGAAUCGUAUCAGACUCUCAAAGACUAUAAAGGUUUUAGAAAGGUGGACAAUUAUAUUAAACAGUACAUAUUGUUGGACCAAGAAAUCCGCAAUGAUCCAUCGACAACGAAAGAAGAUAUCGAAGCCAUGGAUAUCGAACGAGAGAGAAAGCGUGAUGAACAGGAUGAGUUCACUCACGUUGAGCGCAUCAUCGAUAGUGAUCGUAUUGAGCAAGACGAUGGAACGUCACAAUUACAGUAUCUAGUGAAGUGGAAACGACUUUAUUAUGAUGAAGCGUCUUGGGAAAAUGCUGAAACUAUUGCUGAAUUGGCUCCGGAGCAAGUUGCUAAAUACCAACAAAGGUUGCAAUCGAAAAUUCUUCCCAAUUUGUCUGCAAAUUACCCAAUGAGCCAACGACCAAGAUUCGAAAAAUUGAACAAGCAACCAUUAUUUAUCAAAAAUGGGGAAUUGAGGGACUUUCAAUUGACUGGCUUAAAUUGGAUGGCUUUUCUUUGGUCUCGAAAUGAAAAUGGUAUCUUGGCUGAUGAAAUGGGUUUAGGUAAAACUGUCCAAACUGUCGCAUUCUUGUCUUGGUUAAUCUAUGCUAGAAGACAAAAUGGGCCUCACUUGGUAGUGGUACCUUUGAGUACUAUUCCAGCAUGGCAGGAAACUUUUGAAAAGUGGUCGCCUGAUGUCAAUUGUAUCUAUUAUUUGGGCAACACCGAAGCCAGAAAGAAAAUCAGAGAGUUUGAGUUCUACAAUGUCACCAAGAAGCCCAAGUUCAACAUUUUGUUGACCACGUACGAAUAUAUUUUAAAGGACAGGAAUGAACUUGGCGCAUUCAAAUGGCAAUUUCUUGCUGUUGACGAGGCCCACAGACUCAAAAACGCCGAAUCAUCCUUAUACGAGUCUUUGAAACUGUUCAAGGUUGCGAACAGACUUUUGAUUACAGGUACACCAUUACAGAAUAAUAUCAAGGAAUUAGCCGCUUUAUGCGACUUUUUGAUGCCUGGAAGAUUUUCUAUCGACCAAGAAAUCGAUUUUGACGCUCCUGACGACAAACAGGAGGAGUAUAUUAAACAUUUACAACUGAGCAUCAAACCUUAUAUAUUAAGAAGAUUGAAGAAAGAUGUCGAGAAGUCCCUCCCUUCGAAAACAGAAAGGAUCUUGAGAGUCGAAUUGUCAGAUGUACAAAUGGAAUAUUACAGGAAUAUUAUCACCAAAAAUUAUGCUGCAUUGAAUGCUGGUGUCAAAGGCUCUCAAAUUUCCUUGUUGAAUGUCAUGAGUGAGUUGAAGAAAGCUUCUAACCACCCGUACUUAUUUGAUGGAGCGGAAGAACGUGUUUUGGCCAAAGGCGGAUCAACAUCAAGGGAUAAUGUGUUGAAGGGUUUGGUCAUGUCAUCAGGAAAAAUGGUCCUCCUCGAGCAAUUGUUAACCCGUUUAAAGAAAGAGGGCCACCGGGUGCUCAUAUUCUCUCAAAUGGUAAGAAUAUUAGACAUCUUGGGCGACUACCUUUCGAUCAAAGGCUACCAGUUCCAAAGAUUGGAUGGUGGAGUUCCUUCAGCGCAGAGGAAGAUAUCUAUUGACCAUUUCAAUUCCCCAGACUCUAAGGAUUUUGUAUUUUUAUUGUCCACUCGUGCAGGUGGAUUGGGUAUCAACUUGAUGACUGCCGAUACUGUCAUUAUUUUUGAUUCUGAUUGGAAUCCCCAAGCGGACUUGCAAGCUAUGGCACGUGCGCACAGAAUUGGUCAAAAGAAGCAUGUUUCUGUCUACCGAUUUGUUAGUAAAGACACCGUGGAGGAGGAAAUCUUAGAGAGAGCCAGAAAGAAGAUGAUUUUAGAAUAUGCUAUCAUAUCAUUGGGUAUGACAGAUCCCAAUUCAUCGAAGAAAAACAAAAACGAACCAAAUACUAGCGAACUUUCCCAGAUUUUGAAAUUUGGUGCUGCAAACAUGUUCUCUGCCACGGACAACCAAAAAAAGUUGGAAGAAUUGAACUUAGACGAUGUGUUGAAUCAUGCAGAAGACCACGUGAGCACUCCAGAUUUAGGAGAAUCGAACUUAGGUUCAGAGGAGUUCUUGAAACAAUUCGAGGUUACGGACUAUAAGGCAGAUGUUGAAUGGGAUGAUAUUAUUCCACAAGAAGAGUUGGCUAAGCUCAAGGAAGAGGAAAAAAAGAAGGCGGAAGAGGAUUAUUUGAAUGAGCAAAUUGCUAUGUACUCACGGAGGAGGGCAGCCGUUAAGCAAUUACAAGGUGGUACCCCCGAUACAAGUGGGAUGGAGGACGAAGAUGAUGAAGACACUGGAAGGAGGCGUGCAGCAAGAAAGAAAGCAGAGGAAAACCAUGAGCUUUCAGAAAAGGAGAUUCGAGGUAUCUACAGGGCCAUAUUAAGGCUCGGUGACCUUUCUGGAAAGUGGGGACAAUUGGUGGAGGAGGGAAGUAUCUCCAACAAGAAUCCUGUUUUGAUCAAACAUGCAUACAACGAAAUCAUCAGUAUUUCGAAGAAAUUAGUAAAAGAGGAAGAGCAAAGAAGGGCUGAGGCUCUUGCUGACUUGGAGAGAAAAGCUAAGGACCUGAAAGGCGCAGUCGUUUCCAAUAAUGGCGAGAACCCUAUGGCGCUCUGGAUUGCCAAGAAGAAGGAAAAGAAAGCAGUUCUUUUCGAAUAUCAAGGUGUGAAAAACAUUAAUGCUGAAUUAGUUUUGUCGCGUCCUCCAGAUAUGAAAUUCCUUCUGUCAUUGAUCCCGAAAGAUAAGCCUCUUUCUUUCGUUCUACCAAGAACUCCUAAGCCAGUUCUGAAUUGGAAUUGUGAAUGGAAUGCUAGCGAUGACGCUAAAUUAUUGGUGGGGGUUCAUAAAUUUGGCUACGGUUCUUGGACUCAAAUUAGAGAUGAUCCGCUAUUGGGUUUGCAGAACAAGCUAUACCUUGAAGGAUCUGUAAAAGGGGGAGCAGCUGCUGGAGGUAAGGAUACAAAAACCAGCAAUGGCGAAUCGAAAGAAGGCAAAAGCCAACAAAACAAAAAAGUUCCUGGUGCUGUCCAUUUGGGCAGAAGAGUGGACUAUCUAUUCACGUUGUUACGUGAUGAGGAAGAAAGCACAGUCUCUACACCUUCCAGUGCUGGAACGUCUGGACCCACAAAAAAGAGAGUCAGGAAGAUCAAAUCAGAGGGGCCAACACCUAAAGUCAAAAAAGUCUCCAAAUCACAAUCGCCCCUGUUAGCUGGUAAGAAACAGCCAAAAAAGAAAUCUACACCAGGAUCCGCAACUGGAACACCACAAUUAGAUCACAGCAAAGGUGAUGGAAAUGAUGCUGACGAAGAUUUCUUGGAAUAUGACAGCAUGGAUGAAGCUCUUUGUAAAGCUACUCUUAAACCCGUCGCUAAGUCAUUAAUGAAGCUUCAUAAGGGUAACAAAGGGCUUGGAAAGCAUGAGUGGGCUUCCCUUCUCAAGUCAGAGUUGGUCAACGUGGGUGAUUUCAUCGAGAAAACUGCAAAGCCGGAGAACAAUCAGAAUUUCACUAAGCAUUUAUGGUCUUAUGCCAGUCUUUACUGGCCUGCUAAGGUGCCAAGUUCGAAAAUCGCUGCAAUGUACAAUAGGAUCAAAACUCAAUCACCAAAGACAGAGAAAAGUGAUUGA